AUGCUGUGGAUGAAGUGGAAGAUGAUGGUGGACUCCCUGCGUGGACGGAGAAGGAGGCUGCCCUGUUCCCUUUGGUUCGUCCUGUUGUUCGCUGCUGGAGGUCUGGUUCUCUUCAUCCACCAGCAGGACCUGUCAGAGAUGGUCCAGCAACAAGGCCCAGGCGUGAAGCUUGGAAGCACUCCACGGCAGUCCAGAGAGACUCUUUCUACUCAAGACCGUGAGAGAGGCAAGUCUGACAACUAUCAGGAGCUCCAAGCAGCAGAAGGUCUCCUGUCCAGCCCAAUCCCUCCAAUGCAGUUCCCUCACUUCGAGAAGAGCAGACAGACAGCCACCCCUGGGUCUCGGGAGCAGGACAUUGGCUCUCUUCAUGUCUCCAAAAGACAACGCAAACUACUAAAAACAAGUCCCCCGAUCCACAACACCAAAAAUAAUGUUUCCUCAUCCUCCUUGACCUCAGUUUCCUCUUCAUCCUCAGUUUCCUCCUCAUCCUCGGUUUCCUCCUCAUCCUCGGUUUCCUCCUCAUCCUCAGUUUCCUCCUCAUCCUCAGUUUCCUCCUCAUCCUCAGUUUCCUCCUCAUCCUCAAUUUUCUCCUCCUGUGCCUCAGGCUCUUUUUCCCCUGAGAGCUGGAAAAAGCUCUCCAGUGUCCUAGAAGCUCGCCAGCAACUGAUGAAGGAGAUCUGUGCCAAGUACAAAAGCAGCAUUUCGAAGACCAUCACACGCCAUCAUGUGAAACAUCUCUUUGUGGAGGACAGGUACAAGCUGUUGUACUGCCAGGUGCCCAAGGCAGGCUGCUCCAACUGGAAGAGAACGCUGAUGGUACUGGCUGGCCAGGCCUCCAAUACUCAGAGCAUUAAACAUGAUACUGUCCACUAUGGAGACCAUCUAAAGAAGCUGGAUAGUUUUGAUCGACAGGGAAUCAUGCACCGUCUGGAAACCUACACAAAAGUCAUGUUUGUCCGUGAGCCCUUGGAGAGAAUGGUGUCAGCCUACAGGGAUAAGUUUGAGAAUCCUAACAACUACUACCACUCCCUGUUUGGGAAACCCAUCAUCUCCAAAUACAGGGUGAACCCGUCUUGGGCAGCUCUGAAGACAGGCAAUGGAGUCACAUUCAAGGAAUUUGUCCAGUACCUGCUAGAUGUCCACCGGCCUGUCGGGAUGGACAUCCACUGGGAGCAGGCAAACCAGCUGUGCAACCCCUGCCUCAUAGACUAUGACUUCAUCGGCAAGUUUGAGAACAUGGAGGAAGAGUCCAACUUUCUCCUGCGAUUGGCUGGAGCUCCACCCAACCUCACACUGCCCAGUUUUAAAGAUAGGAACCCAAGUGACAAGAGGACCUCAAUGCAGAUAACAGAAAAAUACUUUUCACAGGUCAGCACGUUGGAGAGACAGCGAGUAUAUGACUUCUACUACAUGGACUAUCUGAUGUUUAACUACUCCAAGCCUUUUAAAGAUUUAUAUUAACUGACUCUUGUCAUGAUUCUUGAAUCACAGUCACAUUCCACUUCGUCUACAUCUCUACCAUGAUAGUAAUCUUAACAAAAAGAGGCUCACUCACUUGCUUACAUGGCUCUUUGCAUUUAGACAGAGGAAUCAGAGGGGCCACACUUCCUCUGAAUUUCACAAAAGCUGCUUUUUAUUACCUUUUCACCAGCUUAUCUUCAUUUUUAGACAACUGUGGGAUAAAACAAUUCAUGUGCUGUUGAAUUAAAUACUCUAAAUUGUCCUGAAAUGCAAGGUACUUAUUCACUACUAGCAAAUGGUGAGGUAGAUUUCAAAGUCAUAACGGUUAAGCUUCUAAAAACGUUUAUUGUUGUUCAACAGGCUUUAAAUUAUGCCUUACUGUGAGUCAAAUAGCAUUUGCAAAUGCAGUUUAUGGUUUGAUUGAACUUAGACACCACAUUUUAAUAAGGUUUCAUUCACAUUCCCAAAUUUGAAAGGGAUCUCUGUAUGCAGUACAGAAUAUUAUCUGCGCCUCUUUGGAAUAGCAUGAUAUGUAUACAUAUAACAGCUUUAAUCCUUGGUUGAUCUCAUUUUGUUCAAAUUAGCUCUAUUGUCUUAAUUUUAAAUAUCCGCAUUUACUAUUUGACUCCCAGUAGGUCAGGCAUCAGUAUACCUCUAUGUAUCAGUGCAUACUAAUACAGAUAUUUCAUGUGAAUGGCUUUACUAAUAUAAACCAUAACAAAAUGAAACACUAUAUAACUAGUAUAAUGUGUCAAGUGCUGCCCACUCAGAAGCUGUGUGCACUUAUUGUAGCAUUUUUAUACUUCUAACUUUGUGGGUUAGGUUUGUGCUUUAGUCUAACAUAAACAUGUGCAGUAGGUCCUUCAUCACUAGAGUUAUUUACUUGGGCUGUUCAGCGCAGGGUGUACAGGUACUAGCAGGGUACAAAAUGUUGCUGCCAAUAAAUCUUAUGUCUGUUACUGUUACAGACUUUCAGAUCACUCAGCUGCUCUUGAUAGCACUGGAAAGCAAAUAAGCAAAAGUCGACAGGUUCAAAAUACACAAAACAGAUGUUUAGGUUUCAAAAAUGUAUGAUUUGGACUUACCAGCAGGAAGAGAAAAAGAGCAUGCCCAAACCUGUCCAUCUGCCACAUUAAAGACCUCCCUGAACAGCUUUCACUUACAGAUCUCACACUGUCAGUAACUCUCCCCUUUGUACAAGUAUCACAUCUAUUCUAUACCACCAUAUAGGCUUUUUUCUGACUCUACUGUGUAAAAUUGUACAAUGGGCAUUCAGAUGACUAUAUAUUUUUGUAUGUAUUUCUAAAAUAUAUAUAUUCAGUGCUUCUUGGUGAAGGUAUGUUUAUUUCCUUUUUGAUGUCACUUACCGUUCUUUCAGUAAUACCAGUGUAGAGUGUUGUGUAACUGAAGAGUUUCUUUCCAAAAGCAAAAUAUCCACCAGCUGAAAACCACAAGAAAACUCAAGAAACUAAAUGACAGCAAAAAUUUGAUGUACCACUCAUUGAUGAAUUGUUUCCACUUGGUGCUUUGGAGGUAGCGAAAGAGUUCAACCGAUGAAAAUGGAUAUAUAUAAUUUUGGAAAUUAGCUCUUUGAUUACUUAUCCCUGAUCUUUUUGGACUCUUAAUAGGAUAAUAGACCCUGUAUAGAAGAGCUGCAUUUCACCUAGUUACCUAUCCUGGCUAAGGACAUUUUUACCCAUAGCAACAAGCUGUGUGUAUGUGUGUGUGUGUGUGGCACUGAAUAAGCUCUUUAGAUGUUUUAAAAUCUUUUUUCCUGAAUCUUUUUAAAGCAUAGAGUAUAUACACACACUGCUAAAAAAAUAAAUAAAUAAAUAAUAAAAACACUGCAGCCACAAUAUCCCAGACUGCUAUACUCCCAAACGUAACAUUCAACUGGCAAGUCAUGAAGCAAUUUUUGCAUAAGUAUGUCUUGAUGCAGGUCAGACCACUUAACAACGUGCACUAAUAGAACCUGCACAGAUAUUGGCGGUUGUUAGGGCCUAAGCAUUCAGAAAUUGUUAAAUUAGGGACCAAUACAAUGAGAAUCAGCAUGUCUAUGAUACCUCAUAAUAUGAGGUAAAAAGAAAUUGAGCCUCUGAUCAGACUAAUGGUAUAAUGUAAAUCUUCAGUUGGCUGAAUUGAGACUCCAGAUAAGGUCUUUCAAUACAAAAAUUAAGUAAACAGUUCAGCCACUGCAUUAAAACUGCCUGCCUUACAUUAUGCAGGCUCACCGUAGCUCUGACCCAUUGGACCAUGGACACAGGACCUCUGGGGGUGUCCUGUUGUGUCAAGCACCAUUGGAUCCUUUCAUUCCUCUGGGUUGCAGGGUGGGGCCUCCAUGUUUCGGACAGUGCAUCCUGGUCAGUCUGGGCACUCUGAAGGCUUUGGGCUCUUGGUUAUGUUCCUUGAGCAGUUUUGAUGUUGUGGCAAGGUGCACUGUCCGUUUUCAUUGGUGGCUGGUACAUGUCAAAGUACAUCCACAUGAACACCAGAAGCCACCGUUUCCUAGCAGGACUUCACAUCGUAAUAAUAGUAUCAGUUAUGGUGGUUGGUGCUUUAAUGUUGUGGCUGAUGGGUGUAAAACACCUUUUCUUGCAGUUUACUGUAGUGACAAAAACAUACUAGGGCAAUAAAGAAGUGGUUAAAUAUGAUGACAAAAAAAAACACCUUCAAUAAACAAAACACAAAGUAGAAGAAAAAAACUCAAAGUCGGUCUUUGUUGAUGGGAGUAAAGAUUCAUUUGAUCUAUUGUGGUGCUGGAAACAACCUAUGGCCUCCUAUAAACUAGUAGUCAUGAUUCACCUAUAUGUUUUGCAGCUCACUGGAAAAGUGUUUUAUGUUAACAAAAUGAUUUUCUAAAGAGAUGUAUUUGCCUAUGGGAAAAGGGAAAUCCAUAUUAUUUAAAUCUAUACACGCUAUAACAAUUUUGAUGGUAUUAUCCUUUCGCAGUGAUGGUAUUUGUAUGAACGUUUGUCAGUAUAGUGUUGGCUUCUGCAAUUCCAAAAUCUAACCUUUGUUUAGGUUGUGGUCAGAUUCUAUGUAGGUGUAGCCAAUCUCUGCCCAAAUCAGCUACUGCAUUAUGAUGAGUAUAUACUCUUGCAAAUACUGUCAGUCCCUGCCCCACCAGCUACUAAAGUUUUUUGGUAUAUGGGUGUAAGGACAGAUUUAUCAAAAGCAUAAUUACAGUAACAAGUGAAUGUAUAACAGUUUACCGUUGGUGCAAAAGUGUAUAAAAGAUGAUCUUAAGCCCUUUGCCUUAUUUUACACUGCCAAUCAAAUGGUGUAUUUCAGGAAGACAUUUUUCAGGUGGUUAUUUCUGGCUGAUGAGUGUCUACUAAUAAAUUGUCUUUUAGCAUUUUCA